GCUCACAUUUAUAUCGAUUUGAAAUGAAUGCUGGGACAUAUAAUUGCAUGCAUGCCAAGGCAUAUCAUUUCCCUUCCAUAGUAUUUGAUAAGAGGGGCGGUGACACCCGGGACUUCCCAUCUAAGGAAAAACAUACCGUGGAAGAAGGACGCAAGUUAAAUCGAAAGUAAAAUAAAUCUAAAUUUUGUCACACGGAAUUUGGUAUACAAGAAAAAGCGAUUUCACUUGAUUCAGUAGGCUACCAGAUUUAGCAUGACCUCCGAUGCACAAAUCCACAACAACUACAGCGAAUUGAAACGUGUCCCCAAACUAAAUCAAAAGGAUUGUGCAACAAAAUGGAAUGCUUUUCUGCUGACUUUGAGCUUCAUACUUGGUGCAGAGACAUUCAUUUCUGCAUGUCUAUUGCAUGGCCUUUUCCAGGACAUUUCAAAGGCACAAGAGGAAGUUAAAUAUGGGGAGUAUCCUGUUGAAUGUCUGUACAAAUUUCUAGAUUCAAACACUCAAACCCAUCAUCAGAUAGACUUACAAACCUGUGAUUUACUCAUUCAAGAACUUGGCAACGGAGCCCAUAGGCGAUUGCAGUGGGACAUCAAAAAUACCAUUUUUGAAUCCUUGGCUGAAUGCAACAUAAGCCAGGAGUAUCUACCUGCUAUUCAUGUUGGAGCUGAGACUGAACUUCGCCAGUUUAAUCAUCUACCAAGUGAUGGUGCAAAUAAGAUGACGUCAGCACAUCGCCUCCAGUGGAACAAUAUUGAUGGACAGGUCACUGAAGAUGGCUUGAUGCGCCUCACCCCUGACGGUGAAACUGUAGUGCCACAAGAUGGACUUUACUUUGUUUACUCUCAGGUUUAUUUCCAGCUGACUCCAUCUCGACCACCUGGAAGGAACUUCAGUUUUUUUCAGACAAUAUACAAGAGGACGACCACUCACUCACAGCCCAUUCCUCUUGCAAAAGCAAGGGAGCGUCUUUGCUUAAAUCCGACCUUUAACACCCAGCUCUUCUCCAGCCACCAGGGGGCACUGUUCCAUCUGCAUAAGGGAGACAAGCUCUCCCUCUCUGUGUGGGAUAUGAGUGCUGUUCGCUUACUGCAAGACUCCACAUAUUUUGGUGCCUUUAUGGUCAAAUAAGUUUCACAUCCAUUUUGAUCACUUUAUAAUUAAGCCUCAGGGAAUAUUUUACAUGGGUGAACAAAGUUAUUUCAUUCAUUUUUUUAUUCAAUUUUAUUUAUAUAGCACCAAAACAAUAAAAUUGUCUCUAGGCGCUUUUACAGAGCACAGGGCCUGAAGUCAUACCAUUUAAUGAGAGUUGAUGUAUAUGGUGAUUAUUUUUCAUCAAAUGUGAAGACAUAUUUAGGAAGUAAUUGUUUUAUAUCAGUGAAAUAAGAAAAAGGUCUAUACAAAUAGCACAUUAAUGGACAAAAUAAAAAGACCUGUAUAGCCCAUCAUAGGAUUUAUGAGACUAAUACCACAGGCAGUAGCAUUGGCCUAAUCACUGACGACCCACAUUGUUAAUUUAAAACAUCUAGGCUAUGCCAACAGGAAACACAAAAAUGUGAUCUCAUACCGAAUUAAUAAAUGUCUGUAAACUUG